AUGCGUGACAGCUUUGGGAUAAUAACCUGGUCUCUGUUCCUUCUCCUUGCGCCUGGCUGGGCAGAGUCGCAGCUGUGUUCGUACCCGUGCCAGUGCCCCUCUCAGCCGCUGCAGUGCCCUGUUGGCACCAGCCACGUGUGGGAUGCCUGUGGAUGCUGUAAAGUGUGUGCCCGGCAGCUGGGUGAGCUGUGUUCCCUUCAGACACCCUGCGAUCACCACAAGGGACUCCACUGCGACUUCUCCAAAAUCCACAGAGAUGUUGGGAUCUGCUUAGUCCACGAGGGGGCGACCUGUGACCUGCUGGGAAAGAUCUAUCACAAUGGUGAGAGCUUCCAGCCCACCUGCAAGCUGCAGUGCAUCUGCAUGGACGGCACCAUCGGCUGCAUCCCCCUGUGUGCCGACGACCUGCAGCUCCCCUCCCCGGCCUGCCCGAACCCCCUCCGGGUCAAACUCCCAACCCAGUGCUGUGAGGAGUGGAUUUGUCAAGGGGGCAGCCAGGAAACGGCCCUGGCAGUUUACAGGGAGAAUCCAGCGCCCAGGUCUGAGCUGAACGACCUCCAAGAGAACUGCCUAGUCCAGACCACCAAAUGGAGUGCCUGCUCCAAGAGCUGUGGGAUGGGCAUCUCCACCCGCAUCACCAACGACAACCCCCAGUGCCGCCUGGAGAAGGAGAGCCGGCUCUGCAUGGUCCGGCCCUGCGACUUCCCCAGGGAGAAGAUCUUUAAGAAAGGAAAGAAGUGCGCGCGGACCCCGAAGUCCCGCCGGGGAAUCCGCUUUGAGUUCUCGGGCUGCACCAGCGUCCGCUCUUACCGGCCCAAGUUCUGCGGUAGCUGCACUGACGGCCGGUGCUGCACACCCCACACCACCAGCACUGCAGGGGUGGAGUUCCAGUGCCCGGAGGGGGACGUCUUCCACCGUAAGCUAAUGUUCAUCAAGACGUGCUCCUGCCACCAUGACUGCCCCAGGGACAACGACAUCUUCCUGGCCACCUACCGCAGAAGGAUGGCCGGUGACCAUGUCAAGAUAGAGAGGCAGUAG